AUGCAUGAGUUUGUCUAUGUGAUUCCUCCAUACAUUCUUGAGACGUGUCGAGGAUUGGAAAUCCAACGACUGAUUGCCAAGGUGAAUGAACGGUUGGCAGAAAGAAAUGUCAUAGGUGUUGAUAGCGAAUACUUUAUUCCCCAGCAGCUUUCCAUAAAGGAUUCAUUAGAGGAGAAAUUGGGUCAAGCUUUCGACGUGUAUCCAAAGCUUCGGGAAGUGGUGGAAGAAAAGGCAAUUAGGAAGCUUUCAAUUGGGGGAUAUUUAGGUGUUGCACCUGAAGAUUUCGACCGAUCAAGAUUAAAUGAAUUCUAUAAUAUGUAUAAAGGAUUAUUAUUUGGGGAUGAAAAUGAUUUAGGUGAUAAUGGUGGCACCAUUAGCGAAACAAAGACACAUUCAUCUUCAGAUAUUGAAAUGGGAGGAAAUAAUAAUAAACUCAGAAAUAUGUCCUUAAGUCAAAUCUUUAAAACUUAUAUUGAUAAGUCAAGUUUUGAAGUACCAUUUUUUGUUAAUUUGAAUCCAAGUGCUCAAGAUUUUGACUACAUUCCCAAUGAUGGGUCUAGAUUUUCUUAUCCUUUACCUUAUCUGUGGUCACCCUUAGUACCUGGACACUUUUUAAAUUAUCUUACUGAGAAUUUGAAUUUGUCUAGUUCCAAUACAGAUGGUUAUUGCCAUAUAAGAUUAUCUUCUGAAGUCAAUGAAAAGGCUAUGGAUGAUGCAGAAGAUUAUUCAAACAACAGAGCAUACAACUUCAUUACAAAUAACCCUGUGAACUCUCUUUGUGGAGUGUACUAUUAUGAAGUCAAAGUAAAGCAAAUAGUUACUAGUGCCACUAAAUUUAAACCUAUAUUGGUGAGUGGGGAUGGGGCUUUAUAUUCUUCCACAUCUUUAGGGUUCUCCAUGGGAUUUGUUAAACGAGAGAUUCUGUAUGAUGAAAAACCUAAAGUGAAUUCCCUGCCUGUUAAGCUUGAUUUAGACUCAGUGAAAAGAAAAAUCAACCAAGGCUCAGAAAGUAUUAAUAAUUAUACUGAAUUAUUGUUAGGCCAUAAGGCAGGUGAAUUAAAUGGUCUGUUCGCGUUUAGUUUCUUUGAGAAUUCAUUCUGGAAUUCUCUUAAGAAUGCUGAAUAUUAUGAAAGACCAAUAGUUCUUAAUCGGAGGUUAUCAAAUAGAAAUAUGGAGGAAAAGGAUCUGGGAAGAACAGAACUUGAUUUCCAAUUUGUUCAUCGUCAUACUACUCCUACAAAUGAAGUUUACGCCAGUGAAACUGUUGGCUGUGGUAUAAACUUUAUAAAGAAGGAAAUAUUUAUAACUUUAAAUGGUGCAUUGGUUAAGAAAUUCCCUGUUGAAACUCUCAAUUUGGAGAAUAAUGUCAAUAAUAUCUUUUCAGAGAAAUCCACAAUUGUGGAUGAAGUAUUUCCUAUAUUUGGGUUCAAGAUAAAUUCAUUGGAGAAUAAUAUUGAUCAUGGGAAUGCUGAUCUGAAACUGUCACCUACAACAGUUGAUAUUGAGACUAAUUUAGGAUUUAGAGAGUUUGUUUUCCCAAUUCGUGAUUAUGUCAAUGAUUUGAAACAGGAAAGCCAAAAUGUGCUCCAAUUACCUAAAACAGACAAUGAUAAAGAUAUAGUGAAUUUGAUGAAUCAUGAUACUUCAUCAAUUAAUGGACUAAUUCAAGGAUAUCUUAUAAAGAAUGGUUAUAUGGAGACAUUAAAUUCGUUCAAGCUGGACUUGGACCAAGAAUCACAAAGUAUUGGGAAACCUACCAUGGAAAAUGUGACACUUGAAGCUCGGUAUCUUAACUGGAUUGAUAGGUCUCGAGCCAAAGAAAGACUGGAACUUCGGGAAUUGCUUAGUAGCAAUGAUUUUGAAGGUGCCCGAGAUUUUAUAUUCACAAAUUACCGAGAAUACAUGGAUAGUGAAGUUUGGAAGAACAUUAUUUUCAGAUUGGAUUAUCUUGCAUGUACAUUUAUUUUGAAGGAGUUAGAUCAGAAGGGACAUGAUUCUGAUACAUUUUUGAAGUUUUAUAAUUAUUGUCUUAAGCUUGAAUCUGAGAGCAAACAAUCUCCACUGAGAUUAGCAUCAAUCAACAAGCUUUUCGCCGUUUCUAUGGUGAAACAAGGAUCUAGAAUUGCAAGCUCGCCAUAUUUCAGUGAACUUACAGAAAGCUAUGAUCGAAACUUGAACCGAUUGAUCCAUGAUAUCAAUGCCCAGAUUAUUCGACAAGUUCGUAUGGACCCCCAAUCUAAACUAGAACGGAUAUUUCAAGCAGUUGAUAAGAACAUUAGUAUUUUGGGACUUGAACACAAUGAUAAUGAUUUUAAGCUUGUUAAUUUCAAGAAUCAACAUCUAGAAGGGUUAUAG